GUGUCGUUUCAGUUAGCCAAAACACUUACUUGGUUUGGCCGGGAGCCUCAUCACCGCCCUUUAUUAUUGUCUGUGUGAUAUGUGGCUAAUGAUGUAAAUUCCAUAUAAUUGGCCAAUUAAUUAGAAGACAAGAACAAAAUAAUAUAGAGUUGGGUUAUAGCAAUGGUGGUGGCAUCAGCAUUUUCAAAAGAGAUGGCCAUCAGAAAACGUAUUGCCAACAUCUAUAAUAAAAGAGAAGAGAAUUUUCCAUCAUUGCGUGAAUACAACGAUUAUUUAGAGGAAGUUGAGGAUAUGAUAUUCAAUUUAAUUGAAGGAAUAGAUGUUCCUGCUAUUGAGGCAAGAAUUGCACAAUACCAGAGAGAAAAUGCAGAACAAAUCAUGGUUGCUCAAGCACGUAAGGCUGAAGAAUAUGCAGCAGCCUUGGCAGCCAGCAAGGGACAGCCUACACAGUCCGAUGGGGAUGCUUUGGGCCAAGGCCCUGAGGCAGGGUCGAGUACUGGUACACAAGGGCACUAUGCUCCUGCAAUAGCCGGAGGAAUAGCUCAGCCACGGCCAACACAGCCUCUCCCAGUUGGAUCAGUUCCAGAUAUGCUAGGGGGAGAGUAUGAAGAUGAUGAAAAGAUGAAACUAAGAGUUGAAAGGGCUGCUAGGGCUGGGGGAUGGAGUUUAGAAAUAAGCAGGAAAAGGGCACUUGAAGAAGCCUUUGGAAGCCUAUGGGUCUGAAAGUUGUGUACAUUUGUUUCCAAGACUGGCUCUCAACUGUGUGAUAUUCUGCGGAUUCUGGCAAAAAUUUUGUAAAGUAGCUAUCCAUCCCCAAUUACUCAAAGAAGUGCCAUUAAUGGAGCAGCAUUUCAGCAUUCGUCAUGGACGUUUUUGUUCUUAGAUGGUGUGGUGUAAGACUUACCAAAUUCUGGCUUGUCAUAGGAUGUGUUUGGUCUUUGUAAGGUUUUUCUCAAGAUACCUCAGUUUGCCUCUCCACAUUAACGUUGAUCUCGUGGUAAUUAUCGGGGAUUUUGAUUCU